AUAAUGUGUCAGCCAAAAUUGGCUUCUAGGGCAUACAUCUAAUACUUAGAGCUUAAUUUCUUGAAUAUUAUUAAGCAUAUUGAUUACCAUUGUUACUAUCUUAGUUCAAAUAUGAUUGAUAUUUUCUUUGGUGCACUUUCCUUCUUUGCUAUAUUGUUCGGUUAAUAUUGAUGUACAUAUUGUUGUAAACGUGAUACAAAAAUAUAUAGAAUCAAUAUAUUUCUUUCCAUUCCCUUAUUUUAUCGAAUAUAUUGGAAAGAAACUAUCCUGCAGAUUUUUCUUUUUCAAAAAAAAUCUUUCAUUUUUUUUAAAAUUUUCAAUAGUGAUCUUUGUGAUCUAUAUAUCUUUCAAAGAACUCUUAACUCUCAACAACAGUUGUUAACUGAGUUGCUUAAUUCUCUUCACCUGAAAGGCCUCAAAUUCAAACUUGAGUGGUGAAGUAUGCAAGGGAGUGAUACCAACCAAUUAUUCUAACAAAUGCUAGCCCUACCUUUUUAUUAGUAAGAAUGAGAGUUGGAUAUUCAAGAUAAAUAAGAUUCAUUCUUUCGGCAUAACAAUGAGAGUUUGCUAUCUAAGAUAAAUAAGUUUAAUUCUUUAAGUCAUGUCAAGGUAGGAAAAGAAUUGGAUCGUCACAUAGAUUGUACACCUAAUUCCACAAUUCUUGGUGUGCUGCUUCCAUUCCUUACUACAUGUUAGAAAAUAGUGUACUAGUCUAUUAGAGAAAGUAUAUAGGAUUAGCUUUACGUCCCAUAUCCAUUGUAUGGAAAAAAAAAAUCGUGGUUGCCACUCCUGCAACCUAAGCUUGUUCCCAUAAUAGCCACAAGUUUAGUGUUCAAGAAUAUUUUGACAAGAUUACGGAAUAAUUCAGCAAAAAAUUCAAUAAAGUUUAAAAAUCAAAAUACAUUGCUAUGUAAUUAUUUAAAAUUGUGUAAUGCAUGUAAUUAAUUAGAAUUAUAUAUCUUAUAUCUAUUUAGAAAUCAUAUAUAUUAAAUUAGUGAAAGUGUACCAAACCUAGGAACUAUGAAGAAGAGUGCUAGGCAAUAUUGUGUGGAAGGAUGAAAAGAAAUAAAAUUUGGAGAAGAGCAUAGGACAGAGGUGAGGAAGCUUACUGAUGCAGGAUAAUGCAGAGAAGAAAGGGAGAAGGAGGAAGAAGAGGUUAUAAAGACACAGCAAGAAGAAGUUAUAGAGACGCAGGAAGAAAUAAGGGAAGCCACCCACGCCUAGCAUGAGGAAGAGAAGAGAGUAGGCCAAGCCAAGGGAUUUUUUUAUUCAAUGCUUCAUUGUCCUAAUCUAUAAGAGGAGUAGCCUUUAUAUAGGCCUUACACUAUGUCAAUCAAUUGACUACAUACCAAAUUUGGGCCCUUACAUUCAUUCAAUCAAUUGACUAAGUCAAUUAAUUGAUUGCAUACCAAACUUGGACCCUUACAUUAAUUAAUCACUUACCAAUAUUGAUAUAAUCACUUGAUCUAAUUACUUGACCAAACAACUAACUAAAUUGACUCGACCAAUAACAAAAGCAACUAGCCAAAUUGACUUGACUAAUAACAAAAGUAACUAACCAACUUGACUCGAUCAAUAAUAAAAGCCACUAAUAAUACAAUAAAACAGAAAUGACGCGGACUCGAGUGGACCCAAUUUGGGGGUCCAACUCAAACUGAUGUCAUUCUCUGGUGCGACGUGAGCUAGUGGCUCGGAUGGCUCCAUCAUCUGAAUGAAGGGCUAUGAUGUCUCCAUCAACUCCUUCCAAGUGGAAAAAACUCGAUCCCUUCGAGGGCAGGUCUUAUCGGUUAUCGUACUAGGCUGGGGCACGAUCAGAGGUGCGGUCGCAGUAAGUAGGCUCGUCAAAUGGCUCAAAUCUGAUUUGAUCACAAUAAUUUAGCGAACCUGAUAACACGAUCAGAGGGGGAAGCAGCUAUUGCCAGGCCUGUUGGGCCUUGAGUUCAAGAAAGGGGUGAUCCGUAAGGUGGUUUGGACUCGCGGGCCUAACGACUUGGCCCGUGAUAAGCUACUUGGGGAGGUCUCGUGUCGGUGUGUUGUCGGGUCCAAUGGGCUAUCGGGAGUCAGGGUGUGUAUGGGGUUGGGAGCAAACAGAGGGGAAGGGUAAGGGCCAGAAAUGAGACCUCCAAGAGGUGGUGGUCGCGGCGGCGGCUUCAAGGACCGGAGCGAUGGUGGUGGGAGCAGAGGACGAGGGAGAGGUGGUGGAGGCCCUUGCGGGCGAGGCGAAGGCUGUGGGAGCCGCCGAGGUGGCGGCCGAGGCGGGGGAAGGGGCAGUGACCUAGGUGGUGGUUCUCGGACGGCGACGGCUGCGGGUGCACGGCGGCGCGGGUGGUGGAGCAACGGGAGGACGCGGGCAGACACGGGCGCACGGGAGGGUUUCUUCUUCCUCACUCGUGGACUGCAACAGGGAGUUUUCCCUUCCUUCCACGCGAAAAACCGCCGAACACCAAAGAACCCAAGAUCGGGAGACUCCUCUUCCCCGGAUCCUCUCGCGGGCGGUGCUCCUCCUCCAGAUCUGGCGUGCGGCGGCGAUGGGGACGCGGGCGUUCGGUGGAACUCGGCGGCCUUCUUUUCCGCCGGAUCGGGAGCCUCCUCCUCCUCCGGACUGCGACGCGAACCGGGGGGGAGGCCUUCUCUCCGCCGAAAACAGGGGACUCACGGGAAGAGGGGGGCUGUUUUCGGCGUGGGGAAGAAGAAAGUUUGGAGAAUAUGAAAACCGCUUGAGAAGAAGAAAGGGCCUUCUUUUGCUUUUCGGCUUGGGAAGGAUGCCACCUGAGAACCCCACGUGAUGGAACGCCCACUCCUCAUGCGAAGAAACAGAGAUUUGGCGUUUUCCGGCUUGGGAGAAGAAAGCAAAGGCGCAACCAAGUGACGAUUUUUUUGUUUUUUUUUAAGUUGCCGCAUGACCAGGGAGCUUUGGCGACAGAGGCAAAGCUUAUCAAAUUUGAUGCAGAACAAUUGCAGAGAAAAAAAAGAAAGAAGGAAAAAAAAAAGUUAUAAAGAUACAGGAAAAAGAGGUUAUAGAGACGCAGAAAGAAAAAAAAAAGAAAAAAGGAAUGGCCUUUAUAUAUAUCUUACACCAGAUCAAUCAAUUGAUUACAUACCAAAUUUGGGCCCUUACAUCAAUUCAAUCAAUUGACUAAGUCAAUUCAUUGAUUACAUACCAAACUUGGAUCCUUAUAUCAAUUAAUCCCUUACCAAUAUUGAUCUAAUUACUUGACCCAACAACUAACUAAAUUGACUAGACCAAUAACAAAAGUAACUAACCAAAUUGACUUGACCAAUAACAAAAAUAACUAACCAACUUGACUCGAUCAAUAAUAAAAGACACUAAUAAUGCAAUAAAACAGAAAUGACGCGGACUCGAGUAAAAUCAAACUGAUGUCACUCUCUGGUGCGACAUGAGUUUGUGGCUCGGAUGGCUCCAUCAUCUGAAUGAAAGGCUCUGAUAUCCCCAUCACUUACAAGUAGGCCUGCAAGCAAGACAGGUAGGAUUGGGGAUAGGAACAACCCAUACCCAAUGCAUAUUCAAAUUAGGUCAAAAAAUAAACCUAAACAUAAUCCAAUUCCCUUCAAGGUCGAUCAGGUUAGAUUUAAUAGUAAUUGUAUAAAUCCAUCAGACUUUUCAUAUCAAAUCAAGUCAAAAAUAGUUCAAAGACAAAUCAUAAUAAAUACAUACAAAUUCAUUAUCUAAUUAUAUCAUAAAUAUCUUAUGCAAUAAAAUAAUAGCAAGCCACAUGAAAACAUUAUCAAACAUAUUUUAAGUAGGAUUUUCAUAAUUAUAAUCAAUGAUAUAAAUUAUUAACAAAUUAUUAGAAGACUAAAAAGAGUACUAUAGAAGACAACCAAAAUAUAAGAAUAGAGAAAUAUAUAAAAGCUAUAAGGUGGCAAAUAAGCAAGUUAAGAAGAUAGUACGAGAGGCUAGAUUCAAAGCAUAUGAAGUAUUAUAUCACAAGUUAGAAGCUAAGAAUAGAGAAAAAGAUAUUUCUAAGAUUACAGACUAAGAGAAAAGAAAAACUAGAGAUUUAAUUAGGUUAAAUGCAUCAAUGACAAAAAUUAAAAAGUUUUGAUUAAGGAGGACGGGAUUAAAGAAGGAUGGAGAGGUACUAUUUUUAUAUGCUAUUCAAUAAAGUCAUAUAAAAUAUUUAGGAUGUCUUACUAGUUCCAUUGAGGAUAGAAAUAUUUAGUAUGCAUGUAAAAUUGAAUAUCUGAGAUAAAGGAGGCAAUAUAAAAGAUGAAAAUGGAGAAAGCGGUUGGACCUGAUGAAACCUCUAAUUUAUUUAAUAAAAUUUUAAAUAUUAAGAAGACAUCUGAUGAAUGGAGGAAGAAUAUUAUAGUAUUAAUUUAUAAAGAUAAAGGUGAUAUUCAAAAUUAUUUUAACUAUUGUGGUAUUAAACUCAUGCAUUAUAGAAUAAAACUUUGGGAGAGGGUGUUUGAGCAAAGAUCAAGAUGUGAUACAAAAAUAUGAGAGAAUUAAUUUGAUUUGAAGCUAGAAAGUUUGACUAUAGAAGUCAUUUUUCUUCUUUGAAGGUUAAUAGAUAAAUAUAGAGAAAAGAUAUAAGAUCUUUAUACAAUUUUUAUUAAUAUAGAGAAAGCAUAUAAUAGAGUUUCCAGAGAAGUCUUAUGGUGCGUAUUAGAAAAAGAAAGAAGCUUUCAUUGGUUAUGUUAAUAUGAUUAAAGAUAUGAAUAAUAGAGCGGUUACUAGUAUGAGAAUUAUGGAUAAUAAUAAGUAAGUUUUCCAUCAUAAUAGGUUUACACCAAGGUUCUACUCUAAACCCCCUCCUUUUUGCGCUCGUUGUGGAUGAACCUAUUGGGCAUAUUUACGAUAAUAUUCCUUAGCGCGUACUAUUUGCAGAUGUUAUAGUCUUGGUGAAUGAAACUAAAGUUUGAGGUAAUCGUAAAUUGCAAUUAUAUAGGUGUGCACUAAAAUUUAAGAGUUAUAAGUUAGGUAGGACCAAGAUAGAAUACAUGGAAUAUAGUUUUAAUAAAAUUAGAAAUACAAAUGAAAGUGAAGCAAAAGUUAUGGAUUAUAAAGUUCAUAGGAUUGAUCAUUUUUAAUAUUUUGGAUUCAUUAUUCACAAGAAAAGGAUUCAUAUAGUCGACCCAAACUAGAUUGGGAUUAAGACUUAGUUGAGUUGAGUAUAUCAUCAGAAGAAGACUUAUAUUUCUUAUAUUAAACCAGAGUAUUGAAAUAUAUGGUAUACUAAUUUUCUAUCAGUCUAGGUUGGUUCAGUUUCAAAUUGGAAAUUUAAGUAUCCAAAUCUAAUCCAUUUUAAGAACAGGUCAUUUUUUCAAAUCCAAACCUAAUCCAGGUAAUUUUGGUGCUGGUUGGAAUGAAUUGGUUUCGGAUCAGUGCCAGAUUGGAGAUAGAUCAAUCCACUUGUAGGCCUAUAUUUGAAUGAGAAUAAGUGGAAGAUAUCUAAUCUUCUUUGUUUUGUUUUUGAAGAAAAAAACUUUUGGAAGAAAAGUCUUGAAGGCAACAGAGAAAAGUUGGGAAGUCGAAAAAGUUUCACCCCUAUUUUCUUCUAUAAAAGAUAUCUUCUAAAAGAUAUCUCCCAUGUCAAAUCACUCUUCCCUAUAUGCCUUAGGCCUGCCUUUAUCAUUACCUAGAAUCUCAUGUGGCACCAUAAACCUUCUUUUUGUCUAAUGAACAAUUUAGGAUUCCUUGAAUUAAUCAUGAAUCAUUCCCGUUUUAUGAUUAAUUCAUGAAACAACCGUGAACCUGCAAAUUAUUCAUUUAAUGUAGGGCUAGAACGGGGUCAGACUAGGUUGGGCUAUAUUUCUGUUGGAAUCCAACUUGAAUUUUUUUUGGGCUCAAGGCUAGGCUUAGGCCUGAGAUUUUUCAAAAUGCUGACUUGAUCUCAAGCUCAUCAAAAACUCAAUGCAUUGACCCAAAUUAGUCUUUUUAGGCCAAAAGACUGGACCGACUUAUGUUCUGGUUGACCUAAUUUUUGGCUCGAUUGGCCCCUACAUGGCUUGAUUGGACCUGCCAAAUUAAUGAGAAAUGGUAAAAAUUAAAUUUUUUAACAAUAAUGCACCAUAGUAUGACCACAAUUGCCCUAGAAAUAGGAUAUCUUGCUUUAAAAUACUAGAAAAAUACUAACUCCACGGGAAUACUAUUAUAGGAUAUUAUAAUAGGAUAUCUUCCUUCAAUUUGAUGAUGGGAAUGGAAACCAGAAGGUUCUUUUAUUUUGAAUGAGAGAAUGAGGGGAAGGAUAUUAUAGGAGAGGGAGAGGACAACAGAAGGGAGGAGGCUAGAGUAGAUCAAAUAGAAGAGAGAGUAGACCUUGUCAUGCUAGGAAGGCCAUUCAAAGCUAUACGGGUCCAACAAAUUAUGGUUGCCCAACCCUAACUCUCCAAGAAUAGUGCCCAUAGUUGGGCAUCGCUCAUCUCUUCUCUUUUUCAUCUCUCUCUCUCUCACGGUGAGAGAGAAGGGAUCAGGAACAUUGGAUGUGGCUGAUCUCUUUGUUCUUGAAAAAGAGGGCCUGUAGCAUUGGAUUGUUGACCAGCAACGAUGAGAGGAGGAGGGGACUAGUGGAAGUGGAUGGAGAAGCGAAGAGCUGGAGAGAUGUAGAGAGCCCAAGGGUCAGAAAAAUUCGGGACAAGAGACUUAGGGAUCGAAGGUUUUAGCCCUCCCCUCUCACCCGUAGGCGGUCAAUCCCACUACCUUAGCUUGGUAAAUAGACAAAUUAGAUUCACUAAAGAAAAGGUCUGGCUAAAUUGAGCCGCAGGGCCUGGUUGGAUAUAGAGCCAGAACAGGUCUCGGGCCUUGUUCCAGUCCUUUUUUUGGGUUUGAUUUCAGGCUCGAUUUUUGGUCCCGGCUCAAGCUCGGGCUUCAGGGUGGAGCUAAGCAUCGACACAAGCCUAGACAGAAAUUCUUUCAGGUUCUACUUUUAGAUCCUAACCCAAUCUAAACUAUUUCAAGCCUAGCUUAUGGUCAGACUAGAAGCUGGCCCAAGUCCACUUUUGACAUUAGUUGAACAACUUUGUGGAAUAGUAAAAUUUAAACAAUUAAUGAAUUUUUCAAAUUAUCACAUAAUCUUGUUAUUAUAGUUGCAACAAGAUAAUAUCUUAUAUUUUAAUUAGGCAAAAUGACUCCUGGAAGGUUAUAGUCUUGUUUCUACAUCUCUAGUGUGAUUUAGAAGUGGGAACAUUAUAUUCAAUUCUAUAGACCAAACCUUGUUGGUCUUUUUAUAAUUAGAUAUUUUUUAUUUUAUACACAUCAUACUCGUAUACACCUCAAAGAAUGGAAAGCCUUCUUGUUGUGAAUGGUGAUACUAUUUUCCAAGGUUAGUUUACAAAUGGUUUGAGAAAUAGUGAUCUUAGAACUAAAUAACAUGGUAGCAAAUUAUUCAGUAUAUAUGUGAUAUCUCAGAGUUGAAUAAUUUUAUUUAUUGUAUAGAACUCUUGAUGAACUCUCAUUUAUUACUAAGAUCAAACUUUUUUUGGACAGACCAAACACCAAGAGAGAGAAUAUAAGACAGACAAGAGCUAGUCUGGUAGGACACCUGGCCUGUCCAACAAAGGAAGUAUAGUUCAUAGUGGAACCAGACAUGGCAGAGGCGGCUGUACUUCUAGCAGUUCAAAAGAUUGGUUUUGCUUUGGGUGGAGAAGCACUGAAAAAAGCUAGAUCUCUGUUUGCAAAUGAAGUCUCAUUGUUGACUCAACUACCAAGUAGUAUGAGCCGUAUCAAGAGUGAACUUUUGGUAAUGCAAGCCUUCCUCGGUCAAAUAGAUACUCGAACUGACAGCAACCAAGUCCUUGAUGCUUGGGUUCAGGAGGUACGGAAACUAGCAUAUAGUGUUGAGGACAUUAUGGAUGAGUAUGUCUAUCUCAUAGCUCAACAGCAAGGGAGCGGGUUAGGAGGCUGUCUUUCAAAAAUAGUAAGGAGAUCCCAAAAUUUGGUUGCCUUCCAUCAAAUUGCUGCUCAGCUGAAAGAAUUGGAAACUAAUUUGGUUCACCUUUCACAAAUGAAGGAGCGAUGGAUUAAGACAACAGAGGGAGCAAUGAUUGGUAGUUCACGUAAUGCUAGUGAAAAGCAACAGAAUUUAGCAGACUCUUCUCGUUUCAUGGAUGAAGAUGACCUUGUGGGGAUUGACCAAAACAAAAAAAAAUUAACUGAAUGGCUACUUGAUGAGGAUCCAGUUGGCUCUAUAAUAUCUGUGUGGGGCAUGGGGGGAUUGGGCAAAACAACCCUUGUCACCAAUGUAUAUAAAAGUGAGAGAAAAGAGUUUCAAUGUCAUGCAUGGGUAUCCAUCUCACAAACUUACGAGGUGGAUGAUCUUUUAAGAAGAAUGAUAAAGGAGCUGUAUGAAAAUGAAAAAGUAGAGAAAAUUUCGAAUGACAUCAGAGAAAUGGACCAUAUAAAGUUAGUUGAAAGAGUAAGAAGUUGGCUAGAGAAGAAAAAAUAUUUGAUCAUACUGGAUGAUGUAUGGGAUAUAAAAGCUUUCAAUGCUAUUAGUGAUGCCAUUAAUGUUGAUGACAACAAUGGAAGCAGAGUAAUCAUUACAACUCGGAUUGCUGAGGUAGCUUCACUAGCACAUGACAGUCGAAAGCUUGAGCUCAAGGUUUUGGAAAGCACCGAGGCAUGGGAUCUAUUUUGUAGGAGGGCAUUCCGGAAAGAUAAAGUGAGAAGAGGUCCUAAAGAACUGGAGGAGUUGGGAAAGAAAAUUGUAUUAAAGUGUCAAGGGUUGCCACUAGCUAUUGUCUCUUUAGGCAGUCUUCUAUCCCUAAGAGAGAAAACCAAGUCAGAAUGGGAGAAAGUUUAUGAUCGGCUGAGCUGGGAGUUGAAUAACAACCCAAAUUUGGACAAUGUGAAGCAUGUUCUGAAUCUCAGCUAUAACUAUUUGCCGAGAUAUCUCAAGAACUGCUUCUUGCAUUGCAGCAUGUUCCCGGAGGAUCAUGUGCUUCAAAGAAAGAGGCUUAUGAGGCUAUGGGUCGCAGAGGGAUUUGUGGAGGAAAGGGGAUCAAGCACAAUGGAGGAAGUGGCAGAGGACUAUCUCAAGGAGCUCAUCCAUCGAUGCAUGCUUCAAGCUGUAAAAAGGAAUGAAUUUGGUAGAAUAAAACACUGUCGGAUGCACGAUCUUGUACGAGAGUUGGCUGUAUCAUUGUCUAAGAAGGAAAAUUUUAGCGUUGUACUUGAUGAUCUUCGGAUGGUGGGGAAGACGGGUGAUGAAACACGCCGCCUAUCAGUGCACAAUUACAGUAACGAAAUCCAAUCGAGCAUGGAGUUGCCAAGACUUCGCACUUUCAUGGUGUUUGACCGUUCAAUGUCCUCCUCAUCAUCAUCCUUCCUGUCGCUGUGUUCCAGCUCUAGAUAUUUGACCGUCUUAGAUCUGCAAGGCAUCUCGAUUGAGAGAGUACCAGAUGAAAUUGGAGACUUUUUCAAUCUGCGCUUUUUGGGUCUGAGGGACACGAAGGUGAAGAUGCUACCUAAAUCUUUGGGAAGGCUUCGUAACCUGCAGACGCUCGACCUCUAUGACAGUGAAAUAGAGAAACUGCCAAGCACGACAAGGAACCUCAAGAAGUUGCGUCACUUGUUUGCCCAGAAGAUUUUCAUUCCAAAUUAUAAUGCUAUAGAUAAUCUUAGAGGUGUGCAAACUCCGAAAGGGCUGUGGAAUUUGAAAGACCUGCAGACUCUCCAAGGAGUGGAAGCAAACAUGGAAUUUGUGAAACGGCUAGGGAACUUGACGCAACUAAGGAGCAUUCGGAUAUGGAAAGUGAGCGGCAUCCAUUGCAAAGACCUAUGCGCUUCAUUAUCAAGGUUGCGCUACCUAUCCCACUUGUCCCUUAAUGCAAGCAACGAGAAUGAGAUUCUCCAGUUGGGAGGGUGGGAUCAUCCACCUCAGCAUCUUCAAAUGCUUCAUCUGAAUGGACGGCUAGCAGAAGGGACGAUGGAGUUGCCCUUAUUUCGUGCCCUUGGAGCUAGCCUUCAGAAGUUGUACCUGUGUUGGAAUGGGUUGGUAGAGGAUCCAAUUCAAUCUCUUUCUCAGUUGACCAACCUCGUAUAUCUCUGUCUGGAUAAGGCAUAUGACGGGCAGCGAUUGUGGUUUGGCAUAGGAUGGUUCCCUAACUUGAAGGAACUCUUGUUACACGAUAUGCCGCAACUUAAUCAGGUUGAGGUAGAGGAUGGCGCCAUGCCAAGGCUGGAGUUUCUACUCAUGGAUGGCCUACCCGCGUUAAAGGAUGUUCCACGAGGCAUCGAAUAUCUCACAUCCCUCCAGACACUGUACUUGAAGGAUCUGCAUCCAGAAUUCAGAGGGAGGUUCGAAGGAAGCGACGACAAGAACAAGAUUCAAGGCAUCCCUAAUGCCUAUUAUAUUUUUAAGAGAGGGGACGAAACAAAAUAUGAAAGACUUUCAUGAUCCAUCCCUCUGCCCACUUAUCUGGGACCACCAAGAAAAUCAUUUUAGGGAGUCGAGAACAAGCUCACAAGAUUAAAAUUCUAGCAGAUAUUUUAUUAAAUUUUUCUCUUUCUAGUUAUAAUGUACUUUGCUCAUAAAGAUCUGUCUGCCGUGUAUUAUGUGUAUAAGUGCUUGCCCUAUUCUAUCAGGAUCCAUUCAAUAUACUCAAAAUGUGGUGUCUUUAAAUGCUCAUGUAGUCAUGAUGAUGUGUAAUAUGUGUUUUUUUUCAUUAGAUUGCUUAUGUAAUUAACUGGAAAUUACUUUUUCCUAAGAUCUUCUAUUUUUCUGUAGGGUGAGGAUAAUUGAGUUUGUUAUUU